AUGGUCAAGAAAAGCAAGCUCCUUGCGGCGCUCGACGCUCACAAGGGACGCGACUAUGAGGCGGAGAAGCGCAAAAAGGCGCUGAAAGCAGGCGAAAAAGCAAAGAAGGAGAAGGUCGAACGGAAGUUGCAGCAAAUGCAAGAAGAACAAGACGCCGCUAUCGACUCCGUACCGGCUCUGAAUGCUGACAAGGCGGCAAUCAGAGACAACAGCUCGGGAGAAGAGGGUGAUGUUGACGGCGUGCACCUUGAUGCGGAGGAUGCCGCCGAGCAUCUUUCAGACUCUGCCAAUGAGGAAGAUGAGGAUGAGGACGACGACGAAGACGACGACGACGAAGACGACGAAGACGAAGACGUUGCACUAUCAGAUCUGUCUGACGAAGACAAAGAAGAUACCGUCCCACACCAACGCUUGACCAUAAAUAACGGCCCUGCAUUACUCGCUUCGCAAUCACGGAUCGCCUUACUAAGGAAGCAUCCUCGCAAAGAAAAGGCGCCAUUCCACAUCCAUAAUUCUCUAAUAUCAUCAAUGCCAGCUGUGUCGGCCUCUGUGACUGACCCCAAUGAUGAUCUUCUUCGCGAGCAGGAGUUUUACAAGGUCGCUCGAGCAGCGGCUCUCGAGGCGCGGUCACUCCUCAAGAAAGAGGAUGUUCCAUUCACACGGCCUAGCGAUUACUUCGCUGAAAUGGUCAAGAGUGAAGGGCACAUGGAAAGGAUUCACAAAAAGCAAUACGACGAUGCAGCUCAGCGCAAGGGUCGUGAAGAAGCGAGGAGGCAACGUGACGCGAAGAAGUUUGGCAAACAGGUACAGGUUGCGAAAGAGCAAGAAAGAGCGAAAUUGAAGCGGGAGACGCUGGAUAAAAUCAAGGACCUGAAAAGAAAACGAAAAGGCAACCCUUCAGAAGCCACUCGCGAAGGAGAUGGCGACAUGUUCGACGUUGAUGUUGAGGCGGCACCAAAACAGUCACGGACAGGCCGAGAUCGAGAUGGCAGCGGUUCUAAUGCCAAGCGUCAGAAGAAAGACUCAAAGUUCGGUUUUGGAGGCAAGAAGCGAUUCUCGAAAAGCGGUGAUGCGGAGAGCAGUGCGGACAUGCGUGGCUUCAGCAGUGCGAAAAUGAAAGGCAAAGGUGGCGGUGCCAAGAAGCGUCCGGGCAAGAGUAGGAGGGCUGCUGGUCGGUGA